UAACGGAUCAAGCCUUUGUGACCCUUGCUACUGAUGAUGUGUACUGUCAAGGUGCUCUGGUUCUCGGACAGUCGUUGAGGAACCAUAUGACAUCUAGAAAAUUGGCAGUACUAAUUACACCAGAGGUUUCCAGUGGGAUGAGGUCUGUCCUCCGCAGUGUGUUUGAUGAAGUCAUAGAGGUGCAUGCGCUUGACAGCGCUGACUCAGUCCGUUUGGCUCUGAUGCAGAGGCCAGAACUAGGUGUAACCUUCACUAAACUUCACUGUUGGACACUUACUCAUUAUAGCAAAUGUGUCUUCAUGGAUGCAGACACUUUGGUGCUUUGCAAUGUCGAUGAAUUGUUUGAUCGAGAAGAGUUUUCAGCAGCUCCUGAUUCUGGCUGGCCUGACUGCUUUAAUAGUGGUGUAUUUGUGUUCCGACCUUCUUUGAAAACUUACAACCUACUGCUCCGGUUCGCUGCUGAACAUGGCAGCUUUGAUGGGGGUGAUCAAGGCUUGUUGAAUAGCUUCUUCAGCAACUGGGCAACAGCAGAUAUUGGCAAACACUUACCUUUCCUCUAUAACUUAAGCAGCAGUGCUGUAUACACCUACGUUCCUGCUUUCAAUCAUUUUGGUAGAGAUGCCAAAGUUGUUCACUUCUUGGGAGCGACAAAGCCCUGGAACUACAAAUAUAACCUUCAAACAAAGAGAGUUAUGCAGGAUGGCACCACCUCUGGAUCUUUUCAUCAGCUAUCAUUUCUUGCCCUCUGGUGGAAUAUAUACAGUGCCAGUAUAUUGCCUUUGUUAGAAAAACUUCAAAAGAUAGAAGAAUCGGAAUCCGAGGAAUGCAAGCAUACUUUCAAUGGAGUUGAAAUUACAGUGAAAAAAGUCAGUCCUUCUGUGGCCAAUUCGCUGCAAAUGCCUGUGCUUCCAGAGCAGACAUAUGAAAUAUAUCCCACAGCAUGUUCACCUGAGGAACUCACUUUCAAAGCUAACGAGGUCGCACAUUCUGUUUCAGAGCUGUCUAUUCACUUCAAACCAGAAGAACCAAGUCCAGAAGAUGAACGGAGAAAAUGGGAGGAAGGACGCAUGGACUAUAUGGGGAAAGAUGCUUUUGAACAUAUCAAAAAGAAAUUGGAUGCAUUUUUACAUUAAGAUGGAGUGUACUGUAAUGGCCAUCAUGAUCUAUGUUUCUUCUAUAAAUGCA